AUGGCUUCAUCUCCUCCAACUAACAAAAAUUUUGACGCUAUAUCAAGGCUUCAUAUGAGGGAACAAACAAUUGAUGAAAUGUAUGGUGUACCUGAAAAUUUUCUUGAAAUUGAAGUGCGAAAUCCACAAACACAUGGUUUUGGUCGUAAAAUGUAUACUGAUUAUGAAAUUGUUUGUCGGACAAAUAUUCCCGCAUUUAAAUUAAAACAAUCAUCUGUAAGAAGAAGAUAUAGUGAUUUUGAAUGGUUUCGUGAUGUUCUUGAAAGAGAAUCAUCUCGUGUUAAUAUUCCACCAUUACCAGGAAAAGUUUUCACUAAUCGUUUUUCAGAUGAUGUUAUUGAACAUCGUAGAGAAGGACUGGAAAGAUUUUUACAAAUGAAUUCAAGCGAUUUGUAUUAG